AUGCCUCGCCCUGAUCGGGCCCUCAAUGGUUUCCGCGUUUUUAUUGGUGGGGUCGACCCAGGAGUUGGAAAGGUUGAUAUAGAGAGGGAGUUUGAUCGUUUCGGUCCCAUUGCUGAUGUAUGGGUGGCUCGAAAUCCACCUGGAUUUGCUUUCAUUGUUUUCAAAUAUUCAGAAGAUGCUGAUCGUGCGGUUCGUCGAAUGGAUGGAAGGCUUCGUGUGGAACAUGCAGUGAAUAACGCAAAGAGUGGUGGGGGGAGGGAAGAACGUAAGCUGAAGAUUGACGAACGUCGAAAUUUAAUGCUCGCUUUCUAUGAUCGAAGCACUCUCACAAGUCUCCCACAGAUGACCGUCAUAGAAGAAGGCGUUCUAUCUCACGAUCCUACGAGAAACGACGUGAUCGAGAGCCUGUGA